CCCACAAAAAACCUUUACUCUCUUCUUCAUCUAUAUAUAACUAUAAUAACUCUCUUUACUCCCCCCACAGGAGAGUCCCGUGUUCUUGAGCACUGGUGUAGACCAGAACAAAGCGCAAAGAUAAAAGAAAAACUUCAUUGCGUUGAGAUUUCAACAUCAUCAUCCUCUACGUAUCAACCAAGAUUAGAAAGGCCUUUAAGCCUCUGAACUCAAGAUUGUGUCUGGUUCCCAAAGAUUCAAGCAUUUCUUCCAGAAGCUUGUUUCUUUUUGUCUCAUGAUCAUCAACUAGUUUGCUACAAUGGGGUACGUAGUAAACGUGGAGAAGAGAUGGGUUCUCCCUCUCGUCAUCACAUCUCUCGCCUUCCUUUUCCUCCUUGCAACCUCUUUCAACGUUGGCCUCGUCUCCUCCCUCCAAAAAAUCAACGGUCUCUUCUCCAUCAUCCCUUCCCGUCACCACCACCACCACGCCACCAACCAAACCAGUCUCUACUUCGCAGAGUCCAAACUCUCUAGACGACAACAACAACAACAACAACAAACCCGUGUCGUUGAAGACAAGCUCCCACGUUUUGCGUACCUCGUCUCCGGAUCCAAAGGGGACGUGGAAAAGCUCUGGAGAACGCUCAGAGCGGUGUACCACCCGAGAAACCACUACGUCGUCCACCUGGAUCUUGAAUCACCGGUUGAUGAGAGACUACAGCUGGCUUCUCGGAUUAACAAGGAUCGUAUCUAUUCCAAAACAGGGAAUGUGUAUAUGAUAACCAAGGCGAAUCUUGUCACGUACAGAGGACCAACGAUGGUUGCAAACACCCUUCACGCUUGUGCUCUUCUUCUUAAGAGAAGCGCUAACUGGGACUGGUUUAUUAAUCUCAGCGCUUCAGAUUAUCCCCUGGUGACACAAGAUGAUUUGCUUCAUACGUUUUCGAGUCUGGACAGGAACCUCAACUUCAUCGAACACACAAGUGAACUAGGCUGGAAAGAGGAGAAGCGAGCAAUGCCAUUAAUGAUUGAUCCUGGACUUUACUUGCUGAACAAAUCAGAUAUCUACUGGGUCACACCUCGUAGAAGCUUGCCAACUGCCUUUAAGUUAUUCACUGGAUCUGCUUGGAUGGCUCUAUCACGUUCCUUUGUAGAGUACUGCAUAUGGGGAUGGGACAACUUACCAAGAACCCUCCUAAUGUACUACACAAACUUCGUCUCAUCGCCUGAGAGUUACUUCCACACUGUAAUCUGCAACGUCCCCGAGUUCUCGAAAACCGCGGUGAACCACGACCUCCACUACAUCUCGUGGGACACGCCGCCGCAGCAGCACCCUCACGUGCUGACGCUCAACGACACGAUGCGGAUGAUAUCAAGCGGCGCUGCGUUUGCUAGGAAAUUCAAAAGAGACGACAGGGUGCUUGACGUGAUCGACAAGGCGUUCCUUAGACGGAGGAACGAUGAAGACGGUUUUACUCCUGGUGGGUGGUGCGGUGGGAAACCAAAGUGCUCACAGGUCGGUGAUGUGGCUAACGUUAAGCCUAGUCCUGGAGCUAAGAGGCUUCAGGGGCUUGUGGAGAGGUUAGUCAGUGAGGCUAAAACAGGAGUUAAUCAAUGUAAAUAAAUCGUUUUGAUAGAUUGAGACUGUUCGGAUCAUAUAUACACAUAACAUAUAGGGAUGGUUUCAGAGAAUCUUGCAGUUGCAGUGCUAUUAGUUCGGGGGUUUAGAAAAGACUUUUAGACAUUGUUCUGAUUGCGUAGAUGCCACGUUACCUAAUGGUCUCACAAUAGGGUUAGUUUUUUCCUUGUUUGAACUGAAUAAAAGUUAUGAUCUAUUUUAUUGAGA